CCUCACUCUCGAUCCGGUCAGGAAUUCCUUCACCACAACUGCAUUUCCACAAAUGCCAGGAAUUCAAAUCAUUCGAGGUACAAGCUUUCACACAUUGGCUCGGACGUGGUAUAUAAACCGCUGUCCCGAAAGUUCACUAAUCCUACUCACAACCCUCUCUCCUACGUCUUUUCUUUCCUCGUCCAACUUGUUGCGUGGCUUAGUGGCAAGGCUUUUCCAAGGCGAGCGUUUACAUUGACAACGUCGGAAGUAGGGAUUAUGUGGGGUGCACCAAGGUCCUGCGCAAUGGAUAAUCCUGACCCGGCUUCCUCUGGCUCCACUCUCAGACCUUCAAGGGACGUGUGCGCAGCAGGACGUGACUCCAGGAAAAUUUCCAGUCAUUGCGCGACCAGCGUCCCAGCGCCAUCGAAUGCCGGGAUGCUUAACUCGCUCUCCGCAAUCCAUCGAUACCUCCCUGACGAAAUAUUGAUAGCAAUAUUUGCCAAGGCUCAGUCCCCAAUCACCCUUUCCGCCGUUUGUCAUCUUUGGCGCGAAAUUUCAAUCAAUACAUCCACUCUUUGGACAACUAUCCGUUAUGCACACGAAAGGAAUAAGUCUACUUCUCUUGAUAAACUACGCAUAUUCGUGGCGCGUUCCCGAAAUGCCCAAGUGUCAGUGGAUGUUUCAGUACAUGGGGACGUGGGUGGACUUGAACAGGUGGCCGGUAUACUUGCACCAACCUUCCCGCGUUCCCAAUGUCUGUGCUUAUCCUUUACCCAUCUCAAACCCGCAAAAUGUUUUUUCCCACUCCCCCACAACAUGGCGGAUCUCAAAUCGCUUGUCGUCACUCUAGGGUCAUCUUCCGAUGAUCUGAUCUUUUCUCGCGGGCAAGAUGAACUCUACAUCAACAUCUUCCAAAAGAGUUUCUCCCCGCCGCGGCUUCGGUCAUUUCACCUAUUUGCUCCACAACACGUAACUGUCAAUUUUCCAGACUUUCUCGACAUGAGCGGGAUGUCAGCAUUGAGUCUCGCUAUUCGUAUGCCCCCCGCCAAAAUGCUUGGAUUGGCAGCGCGCGCACCAGGGCUGCGAACGCUUGAUUUGAUGGCGCAUCAAUUGGAACCGACGGACGACCACCUAGUUCCUUCAUCUUACCCGAACUUGGAACGCCAGAGUAUCGCAGGUCAUGGCUGGACAUCGCUAAUUUUCGCCCCAUCGCUGCACACGCUCGCACUUUUGGAUCAGGCGGCACUUUGCGCUGUUGACAGGGCGAUGUCAGUCCGAGGGCGCCGGCCCCUCUUUCCUAACCUACAAACAUUAUCGCUGAUGACUCCUGGGCCUGCGGUACUUGAUCAAGGCUCAGAAUUCCGCAGUUUGGCGAAAUUCAUUCAGGAACAUAAUCAGCUCACCGACUUGGACAUCAUGGCAUGCUGGUCCCCUAUUCCCAGAAUUCUGUCACUUUCUCUCGGACUGUCUGAUCAGCCAUCCACGCCUAGCCCAUGCCCCAAGUUGCGCAUGCUGAGGCUUAGUCUUCUCUACGAUGUUGAGCUCACACCCCUCCUCGCAGUGUGUGAUAGCCUGCUCACCGAGAGGAGUGUUCUCAAAAUCGAGUUUCGUGCGUCGGCAGAUUAUUCGUCAGACGAACUUAACGACUUUCUCUCCCGUUAUCCCCAACGCGUCAUUCUUCUCCGAAGGUGAUGGCGAUCAAUCACGUGUUUGCAUUUCCAUUUUGACGCGCCAUUCUGCCGCGCCACUUUUGAUUGGGACCCUUGCCUAUCGCCAUGAGCUCUGGAGCAUUACGUGCUAGUCGCGCUGGAAAAAGUACUUCAGUCCUAAUAAUCUUUCCGUAGUCGAUCUGUGACAUGCAGUUUUCACCAUUUCUUGCACUUUUGUAAUGCAUUUC